UAAUCUUUGCCUUUGCUUUCGCAGCAAACCCUUAUCUUUUCUGGCCUCUCUCAACGUGUGUAUCUUACACAAAAGCGAAAUCAAAAACUAAAAAAAAAAUUGUCUUCGUUAUUAAUAAGCAAACUAUCUAUCCCUUAAUAAUGCACAUUAUCGGUAACAAACGCUUGACCGACGGGGAGGUGGAGGAGUUGAACGUGUGGCUCGAAAAGAACGAAAUCAAUAGCAAGAAGCUACGGCGUGAUUUCUCCGAUGUCCUGCCCCUCGCCGAGAUACUGAAGCGCAACCAUCCCCGACUGAUCGACCUGUACAACUACCCAAAGAAGUGCAGUGUCAAUCUGAAGCUGGUCAACUGGGAGACCUUCAACUACAAGGUGAUGUCCAAAUUUAACCUGUCUCUCAGCAGGGAACUCAUGGAGCUCCUGGCCAACGGCAUCGAAGGCGCUGCCGAAGUGCUGCUCUAUGAGGUGAUCCGGCUGGAGAAGCGGCAGCGCUUGGAAGAGGAACGCAAUGCGGUGUUGCGGCAGGAGCGAGUCUGGGAGGAGAACGAUGAGGUUAAGACCAUAUUGGUGAACAAGCAGAUUGGCGACGCCAUCGUUCAGGUGCCCCAGAAGAUGAUUCUAUACUCCAUAUACGAGGAGGUGAACCGCGAAUGCAAGGCCAAGGACGAUAUCAUCGAUACGUUCCAGCAGCGGCUAAUUCACAUGGAAAACAUUCUCAAAUUAAAGACGGAACGCAUCGACGAGCUUCUAAUGCAAAUGGGAAAACUACCGCAGGAAAAUACCACCAAGGACUAUAGCCGCAAGCAUUGCAGUCUGGGUAUCCUUUCGUCCCAAACUUCGGACAGCAUCAUGUAAACCAGCAUGGGCUCUUUGCAAAAUAUAUUAAUUCCUUUAACGUUUA